AUGUUCUGCCUAGUGCUCCUUGACAAUUCAUGUGACGAAAGCCAGCUUAGCUUCGACAAAGAUGACUUCCGUAGCCUAAACCUUCUCAUUAUCAAGUGCUAUAAGAUAAGAAACAUCAACUUCAACAGCGGAUCUUGUCCUAACCUCGAGAAGAUCAUCUGGUUCUACAAUGAGUGUGGUUUUCUAGACGAAAUCCAAAUCUCUGGCAUGGACAACAUUGGGAAAUUGAAGGAGCUUGAGCUUAAUGAUGCACGAAUAGGGUGCGGCUUCUCACAUUGUUGGCCAGAGGUAGCAGUGAACUUGCCAAGGAUCCGACAUUAUGCAUACAUUGAUUCUGUACUCAUCUUCUACAAGGAAGGAUUCGAACAUCUGAAAUGCUUACUUAUCCAUGGACACAAUAUGACUGACAUCAACUUUGAAAAGGGAACAGCUGUUGCGCUCGAGAAGAUCGCCUUGUCCUCCACCAACAUAAAGUCCCUUCGUGGUGUCGGUCAACUUCCAAUGUUGAAGGAGCUUGAGUUGAAGGGCAACGAAUUAUUUGAUUCAUUCUCUGGAGAAGCAGCCCCUCAGGAAAGCACUGAACCUGAAGAAUUCCAGCAUCUCAAGUAUUUCCAUUUUGAGGACACAAGAAUGAUACACAUCAUAUUUGAAAAUGGGGCCGCUCCUGAGCUUGAGAAGAUCAUCUUGUACAUGUCCAGCACAGAGUCCAAACUUACUGUGUCUGGCAGCCUUCCAAAAUUGAAAGAGACCGAAGUGAAAGGUGACCAGUCAAUCUUCCUUUCUUUAUUAAAAAAUGCUGGUAAAAUUAACAAGGUGACUCUCUGUGAUACCUUAUUCAACAAACGUGAUAAUCUAUAUAAACUCCUUUCGGAGAAACCAAGCAUCCGCUGCCUGGAGCUCCUAGACAAUUCUUAUGAUGAAAACCAGCUUACCUUUGACGAAGAUGAAUUCGGUAACCUAAACCUUCUUAUUAUCAAGUGCUCAAAGAUAAGAAACAUCAACUUCAACAGCGGUUCUUGUCCUGGCCUCGAGAAGAUCAUCUGGUACUACAAUAAGUCUGAUCCUCAAAUCUCUGGCAUGCACAACAUUGGGAAUUUGAAGGAGCUUGAGCUUAAUGGUGACGAUGUCCCUCUUCAGUUGGAGAAAGACAUCAAAGCACACAAAAACAAGCCUGUUCUCAGAUAUGAAGAACCACAGCAUAAGGAGGACAAAGCACAUGAAAAUGAACAGGGUGCUGCGUCAUGCUUUCCACAUUUCACCACCAGCUAUUUCUCCAAGAAGGAUCAGCACUAG